AUCGAAUUCAAUUGGUUUUUUAGCUGAAGCUGGCCAGCCACAAGCAGCAACGUUCAACAAGCUUGACAAGACCGACACGUUCGUCGUCGUCGUCGAAUGAAUUCCAUUUCCAUUUCAAUUAAGUUCUUUCCCGUUUGUACUUUAUACUUUGAAGUGCGAUCGUGACAAAAGCUCUAUACUCCAAUAAGACGCGCUUGUCUCGAUCUAUACCCAGACUCUGCUUCUACUACCUCAAUUUCAAGACUUGUUCGGUCUCGGUCGACAGCAGCGCUAGUGAAAACAUCUACAAUAUCAACCCCCUCAAGACACAAAAAUUAUAACACAUUUUUUUUUUGAGAGCGGUGCGUAAUUAUUUGCAUUGUAAUCGAAGCGGAUGUAUACUACCGAAUUAAUUGACACAGUGACUGUGUGCGCGCGGUAUUUCAUAGCCGAAUCUAUUAGAUACUUUCGUAUCUAGUGCGUGAUGUGAUAAAAAUAACCCACGGGAGGGAGGAGUUUCCACCAAACCAAAAAAAAAGUCUCCAAAAGCUUGCCAUACCGACUUUAUUAUCAGCUCCGUUUUUAUAUUGCCCGAGAUAAAGGUUUACCUUUGUAUUUUUUUUUUUUUCUUCCACUUAUCACGACUUUUCGAGUGUGUAGAGUCGAAAAAUUUAGGUCACACAAUUUUUGAGUUAUGAAGUUUUGAAAAAGUGCAAUACCGUGAAUAGCAGCUAUUAACUGGGUCAUAAACUCAUCUCAAGACAACAACCCUUUUGUGUGGAAAAAAAAAAGUGUCAAAAAUGGUUAGGGAUAGAUUGCCCGAUCUUUUGCAGAGGUCGCUUCAAACCUCGAACGGAUCACUGGACCAAGCUGUGAUUAUGACUACUGAACUGAGCACCAACGUUGAUGCAAUUCUUAAUCCGUACACGGAGAUCCGUAUCCUUUUGGGAACGAUAGUAUCCAAUCUUGAAACAAUGAAUCGAAUGGUCCAAUCGAUAAAUAUUCGUAAUUUCAAUGAAAAAGAACUUGAAGAACUUCGCAAUGAAAAUCUAAAAAUCGGCACACUACUUAUGAUGAAAUUUAAAGAUUUCAAAGCGAACCUUCCACCUGACGACGAUUACUGUCUAGAAGCCCGAAUGAAGCGAACUUUAUUUUAUGGACUCCACCAAUCGUAUAUCAACAUUUGGACUCGAAAUGAAGCAUUCCUGCAAUCGUACGAGGAUAAACUCAAGAAGAACCUUCAAUUGCAUUCCAAAAUCAUGAACUUUAAUUCAACAGAAGAAGAAGUCGAAGAAUUAAUUGCCAAUAAAACAACUUCGCUAUUUGUGGGGAAUAUUUUAGAAGAAACCGAAAAGGAGAGACGAACCCUGCGGGAUUUGAUGGAUAGGUUUUCUGAAUUGAAGAAGCUUGAGAAGUCCUUGGAAGAUGUCCAUGCGUUAUUCGUUCGAAUACAGAACUUAGUAUUAGAGCAGAGUGAAACAAUCCAAUUAGUGGAAUAUCAUGCUCAACAGGCUACAUUGUUUAUAGACAAAGGGGCCGAUGAACUGGAACAAGCACAUGUUCUUAAAAAAAAGACCCGAAAAAAAAAAAUAAUACUUAUAGUGAUAUUAUUAACUCUUUUAUUAAUUUUAAUAUUUGUGGCAGUGUAUUUAUAGAAUUCAUGUUUUUUUUACAGUUUUAUUUGGUGUUUAAGCUUUAUUUUUAAGCCACCUUAAUGUUAUUUCCAUUUAUAGCGAUAAAAGUAAAAGUAUUUUUAGAAUAUUUUUGUUUGCUUUUUUAAUAUUGUAAUGAACAGACAAAAUGUAAGUUUUCGCACUAUAUUUUUUAAGGCUUGAUUAUUUAU